AAUGGAUUCCAAGCAGUGCAAGAAAUGCAGUAAAAUAUUCAAGAGCUUCCAUAUGCUCGAGAAACACUUAGUAGAUGAACAUUGCGUAACCCCAAAGUACGUAUGCGAUAUAUGAUUUGCACCCUUCUUCAGACAUACCGCCUUCUACCAACACAAAUGGCGCCACACCCACAGCCCCCACCACUCACCCAAACCCCCUACCAAUCCACCCCUCUCCACUUCCACUCCUCCACUCUACAUCCCUUCCUUUCCUUGCUGACCCCCAAAACCCUCCUCUCGGCCAAGACUAAAACCCCACAGACCAGCCACUCCUCAGCCACUCUCUUCUUCAUUAGAAACCUACCUGUGGCUGUCUGGACCUGAAUACUGACUUAAUAAGGUUUAUAUGGAAAUGCUGGAGUGAGUUAAAGAGUAA